AUGAAAAUUACUCUUGAGUCAGGGACAAGUAGACUUAACUUUGAUCCUUUUACAAUUGAAAUUGAGCCAAAUUAUGAUGUCGAGUAUAUUCUAUCUUUAUUAUCAGUUAGAUACAACACUCUAGACCCAAAGCGUUUGGCACUUUAUCUCAAUAACCGUCCUUUGCAAGAAGAUUUAAAUGUAAUGCGAGUUGGAAUUAAAGAUAACGACCACCUCAUAGUAAAAAUAAAGAAAAGCAGCUGUUGCUCAUGCUGCCUACUUUUAUAG